AUGCCUCAUCAUAAUCGAGUUUACCAUGGUGAUCCACUCGCCGCCACCGGAUUCUGGGGCGCUCCCUCAAGCAGGGCAAACUUUUGCGAGGAAGACUACGCUGUCACCAAGUAUAUCGCGGAAUUCGUCAACACUUUAAGCAACCUCGCGUACGUCUAUUACGCGUUGAAAGCAUCAUGCCGUCUCGGUCAGAAGGGGAGAUACUUCGGCAUGGACGCCCUGGCAUUCUCGUUGCUCUUGGUGGGAAUAUUCUCCCUCGUUUUCCACGCCACAUUGCAUCAGGAAACACAGUUCCUGGAUGACAUGUCGAUGUUUUUGCUCGGCACGGCUCUUCUACAUCCGCUCUACACGACAGGCUUCAAGCCGUCUGCCCGGAGAGCUAUCACGACAACCUUGGUCUCCGUCGUGGUGGGAGUUUCUGCGGUGUAUCAUCAGAAGAAGGAUAUUCUCAUCCAUCUCAUUGCAUUCGCCUUGAUGGAGAAUCUUAUCUGGCCUAGAUUACUGUAUCUCAUAUACUUUCAUGAACGGCCUACGGUAGAUAGAUUAAGGCUCGCCAGACAAUUUUGGGCAGCUGUUGGGUUCAUGGUGCUGGCGAUCGUGGUGUGGCUUAUUGAUCUGGAGCUUUGCUACCCGUUGAGAGACCUUCGCGGAGUUGUGGGUUCCCCCUGGGCAUACCUGUUUGAACUGCACGGGUGGUGGCAUAUCUUCACCGCAGUGGCAGCCUCGAAGUUCAUCGCUCUGGUACGGGAGGUCUGUCCAUAA